AUGGCAGACUUGCUGCCCUCUACACCGCCAUCUCGGCUUCCCGACCACGGUGACGACGUUCACCCUCCUCGCGACGUCAACUACGAGUCGACACAGCCUUAUUCGCUAUCCUCCCAAGAGGAGCAACGUGAAUUCGGCAACGGCAUCCUUGACACAGCAUCCUUCACCACCGACGAUGACCGACACAUCAAAAUCAACCUAUAUGCUCGAACUGGGGUUGUAGCAUGGACAGACGAUUCCGAAGAGGAGCACCAUACCUCCGAACUGCACAUGGAUCUCCACAUGGAUACCGGGAAGAAACAAGCCCUGUUCGCCUUACAUGGAUCCAUCCGUCUCAGGAACAACAAUAAUAAACAAACGAACAUCGUUCUGUUUAUAUAUCCAGAGAGGAUCCGGUCCAUCAAAACUUCUCGCACCCGCCCCCCCGUCCCCGUGAUGCAGGAAGGUCAUGAGCAUCACUUUAUCGCUCUUCAUUUCACCAUGUCACGGCCACCCAGUUUUGUAGUCCCGAAAGGAUCGCCCCUGGAACCGAAGGCACGGUAUCAAGGUAUUUUCAACGACAUCAAGUCCUUGGGUACAGUGCGUCAAUUUACUGUUUAUCUGAACAUUCUCAACCUCACACCUGAGGCUCGAGAACACUUAGCUUUGCUGCCCUCCGUCUUCUCGUCCGGCCGAUUCGGCUCUAUGGAAACCGAUGAGGAACGGACAUGCCUUGAUACGUUAUUCCCCACCGGGCUGGGCGAAGUGAUUGACCCGCGCCGGAUUCCGGUCCCUGCGGGCUCCAGCACCGGCCAGACUUUGGCAGAAAUGGCAGAGGAAACAGCAGCGGAACCGACAGGCGUCAUUGCCCCCCCAUAUCCUAAAGAUGGCUCUGGGACUGCGCCGAGGUACUCGGCUUCUAAUGUCCGGAAGCGUCGAUGCACAAGCGAACUGCUCUCUCGCUCUCCCACUAACAAGCACAUCCUCCUCGCCAUUCGAAGAGUGCUCGACCGCACCGCCAACCUUGACAGCAGAGUUAAGCAGGUUGAGAAAUUGAUAGCCGAGUGUCUCAAUGUCGACAACACAUGCCGAUACGACACCGAGGAGGCGGAGCACAUCUUCGGUCACAUGAACGAUAGGAUCGACGACCAGAUGCAUGAUGUGCGUUGCGAGCUCGAGGGCACCCUCUUGACCCAGACAGAGGAGUGGGUGGCCGAGACGGUUGAGUCGGUUCAGGAGGAGCUCCGGAAGGAGAUCGAGGAGGUGUGGGUCGAUGAUAUCCUGCAGGAUAUGACAGUGAAGGUGGAGAAGAUGGUCAAGAGCGAAGUGUUGAAGGACAUGGCUCAGGCAAUGAAGGUGAUGAAGAGCGCCCGGGCGGCCAGGGAAGAUGGUGUAAAGCCGACAACAACGACAAGGAAAAGGAGGAUGUCCAACACAACAACAGCGAGUACAAUAACAGCGAGUACGCAGAGCACGGCCACGUCAACCAAGCAGCCGACAUUCUCUGCGCCGACUUUACUGGCUGGCGCCAAGGAGGUGCACGCCGCCAUGCAGGAUAUCCAGAAGCGGUACUCGGCGAAAAUCUCGACAGAAGAAAUGAUGAGGGUUUUGGAUUUCUUGUCCGAGGCAAGUUCCUUUACGGCUAUCAAAUAUCUCGCGUGCAGUAACGACUUGAGGUGGCUGUACGUGCAGAGGUGGGCGAAGGUUGAAGGAGGAUGA